ACAUUUGUUUGUGGAUUUGACUAGCGGUCAGUUGUUUGGAAUGGCUAACCUUGGGGAGUUGGCAUUAGCAAGCUAGGAUAGCAGAAGUGACUAAUGUGAGCUCAAGUUGCACUGGUGGAGUUGCUAGCAGGCUAACUUACCUUGCUGAUGAAGUUACGGGUGACCAUAGAAAUACAAAAAACACAACCCUAGGAGAUUGGCGUUUAACUAAAGCUAGUUUAAAAAUAACGUAAACAGGAUAUGGAUACCCAGACGUGAAGCUAGCUUGUUUGCUAGUUAAGUCAAUUGCAUAUCGUAGGCUGUAGCUAGCUAACGAUGUUGUUUUUCUUUUGGCAUAAGAAUGUCAUACGCAGUCUUCUACUUGGCUAUCUAGCUUGUUAGGAAAUCUUUAACAGGCGUUUACCAGAGGCAGUUAACCAUUUUGGUUUAACUGGUUCACUUGCUGUUAAAAUGCCUGUAACAGAUAACUAGCUCUCAGAUGGCGCUGUCAAACAGUAUCCAGCAUAAGCUGGCCUUGAACGCCAGCUAGAAGGGACAGCCAUGCGCAGCUGCGUGCGGAGUUCCAGGGCUCUGUCCCCGGCUCUGUUUCCCCGACUGCUGUCAGAUGCCGGCUGCUGGGGGACGCGGCCUGCCCGCCGGGGCCUCUGGAGUACCCCUCGAAACUUGUCUUCAGGAGCGGACCCCCAACAGCAGACGCCUUUGCCCAGUCAGGCCAGAGUGGUGAUCUGUGGUGGGGGUAUAGUGGGCACCUCGGUGGCUUAUCACCUGGCUAAACUAGGAUGGACAGAGAUUGUACUUCUUGAGCAAGGAAGGUUGGGAGCAGGCACCACUCGUAUGUGUGCAGGAAUUGUCAGUGUUGCCAAGGCCCUCUUUAUAGAAAGCAAAAUGGCUGACUAUUCUUGUGCCCUGUAUGAGCGUUUGGAGGAAGAAACAGGGGUUAAAACAGGUUUCGUGAGGACUGGCUCUCUGUGUUUGGCUCAGAAUCAGGACCGUUUCCUCUCACUGAAGCGCCUGGCAUCCAGGCUGAAGGUUAUGGGCAUCAGCUGUAAUGUCUUAAAACCCAAAGAAGUGGCCAAGCUGCACCCGUUGGUUAACAUUCAUGACCUAGUUGGGGCGCUCCACUUACCCGGAGACGCCGUGGUCUCACCCCCAGAUGUUAACCACGCCCUCGCUACGGCAGCCGCCGCUCAUGGAGUGCAAAUCCAUGAGCGCACCCAUGUCAACCAUAUCUUGAUGGAGAAGGGCCACGUGACUGGGGUGGAGACGGACAGAGGCCACAUUGAGUGCGAGUACUUUGUGAACUGUGCCGGACAGUGGGGAUAUGAGCUUGGUCAGGCCAGUGAGACCAAAGUGUCGGUUCCUUUGCAUGGCUGCGAGCAUUUCUACCUCCUCACUAAGCCGCUGGAGAAGCCUCUUGCACCAAACACCCCUGUGGUGAUGGACAUGGAUGGGAGAAUCUAUGUGCGGGCGUGGCAGGGGGGUGUCCUCUCAGGGGGCUUUGAGAAGAACCCCAAGCCCAUCUUUACAGAGGGACGCAACCAGCUGGAUGUGCACAACAUGCUGGAGGACUGGGACCACUUUGAGCCCAUGCUGAGUGCCCUUCUGAGGCGGAUGCCGGGGCUCGAGUCAUGUGAGAUUCACCAGCUGGUGAACUGCCCAGAGUCCUUCACCCCAGACAUGCGCUGCCUAAUGGGGGAGACGCCGGGCGUGCACGGCUACUACGCCCUUGCCGGUAUGAACUCCUCUGGCCUCUCCUUCGCUGGUGGAGCUGGAAAGUACUUGGCAGAGUGGAUGACGUAUGGCUACCCCACAGCUAACGUUUGGCCUCUGGACAUCAAGCGCUUUGGCAACCUGCAGAGCAGUCGCACCUUCCUGCGCCACCGGGUCAUGGAGGUGACGCCCCUACUGUAUGAGCUGAAGGUUCCACGCUGGGACUUCCAGACCGGCAGACAGCUGCGAACCAGCCCCCUUUACGACCGGCUGGACACCCAGGGGGGUCGCUGGAUGGAGAAGCACGGCUUCGAAAGAGCCAAGUACUUCGUCCCUCCGGGGAAGGACCUGCUGUCUCUGGACCAGAGUAAGACCUUCUACAAGCCUGACUGGUUUGAUAUAGUGGGCGCCGAGGUGAAGUGCUGUAAAGAGGCUGUGUGCGUCAUCGACAUGUCCUCCUUCACCAAGUUUGAGCUCACGUCCUCUGGAGAUGAGGCGCUGGUGCUGCUGCAGCACCUGUGUGCCAACGACCUGGACGUGCCAGUCGGGCACAUCGUCCACACCGGCAUGCUGAACGAAAGGGGCGGAUAUGAGAAUGACUGCAGUGUUGUGCGCGUCAAGAAGAACAGCUUCUUCAUCAUCUCACCCACGGAUCAACAGGUCCACAGCUGGUCCUGGAUCAAGAAGUACAUGCCCAAUGACCCACAGCUCCACCUGGAGGAUGUCAGCUGGAAGUACACAGCUCUCAAUCUGAUUGGCCCACGAGCAAUGGACGUGCUCUCUGAACUCUCGUAUGUCUCCAUGACUCCAGACCACUUCCCUUCCCUGUUCUGUAAGGAAAUGAGUGUGGGUUAUGCCAAUGGCAUCAGGGUUAUGAGUAUGACACACACAGGAGAGCCAGGCUUUAUGCUCUACGUACCCAUUGAGUACGCACUGCACGUGUACAACGAGGUGAUGUCUGUGGGACAGAAGUAUGGCAUCCGGAAUGCCGGCUACUACGCCUUGCGUAGCCUGCGCAUCGAGAAGUUCUUCGCCUUCUGGGGGCAGGACCUGGACUCCUUCACCACGCCGCUGGAGUGCGGCCGCGAGUUCAGGGUCAAAUUUGACAAGGACAUGGACUUCGUGGGCCGCGAUGCUCUGAUGCAGCAGCGCCAGGCGGGCGUGACGCGCCGCUUCGUCAUGCUGGUUCUGGAGGACCAUGACACAGAGCUGGACCUGUGGCCUUGGUGGGGCGAGCCCAUCUACUGCAACGGCCAGUUGGCCGGUGUCACCACCAGCAGCGCCUACAGCUACACGCUGGAGCGCCACGUGUGCCUGGGCUUUGUCAGCACGCCCGCAGGCCCCGACGGUGCGCCCACCCCCAUCACGCCUGACUUCAUCAACCGCGGUGACUACGAGGUGGACAUCGCCGGCCAGAGGUACCCGGCCAAGGCCAAGCUCUACCCCUUCAGCUCGCUCUUUGCCCAGCAGCGGCGGCGCAAGGAUGACAUGGAGCUCAGCAACUUCCAGGGCAAGUGAUGGGGCUGUGGAUAAGGAGGAAGGGGGACGGGGGCAGGGGGUUGUGUGGGGGCGGGUGUCAGAAGAAACAGAAGAAAAGGAUGCCACACCUUCAUCACCACCACAACCAUCGUUCCUGCAGGUGACAGGUGAGGGGUGAGGGUCUGCCAGCCUUGGUAUUUAUAAAUCUUCCUGAGGGUUAGAAGCUUCGGGAACUCUGUAGCUGCACAAUCAGUCCUUCUCUAGAAGCUUUUGCAGAAGACGCAAGAUGACGCGUUUGUCCCUGGUGUCAGAUGGAAUCCGUCUGAUGUUCAGACGCCUCUUGUUCACUGGUGAACUCUUUCUCUCUCUCUCUGUGUUCAUACUUCUCCUAUUCGAACUAGGAAUCCCUACGUUGAGAGACAAAGGGCCAUAGUCUCUUAUUUGCACAUAAGUCUUUUUUUUUUAGUGCCCCCAGUUAUGUGCAUUUCAGUUAUGCUUUUUCCCCCCUAUGUGCCGUUAUCACACCCACAUCGCUUUACUGCAGAAAGAAGGUGGACUCACAAAAGAGGUGUGAUUUAUUUAAAAUAAAAGGAAACUUGAAAGAAAAGGUGGAACGUGGACAUCAGGAUUAACCUUGGGAAUGUCAUUUAAUAUCCAUGGGAAUGGGAAUGGGAAACAUAAACCCAACUUUUAAUUUGUAAAUGAAAGCAAGGGGAGAACUGUAUUAUGAAUAAACUCAAAUUUGAUGCAUCACAGAUGAUGCAUCACAUUUUUUAAAUGAAAGCAUCUAUGUAUCACAUAACCUCAGCAACCUAGUAAAUUACCCAAACAACACGUGUGCUCGGCCUAUUUAUAAAGACAUGUUGGAGGUGUGGAGAUGUUGAGGACUAGGGACAUCAAAAUGCAUGUUCCAAUGUCCACCACCAAUGCCACCAAUGACUGGGAUAUUUGCACCAGUCACCCUCUGCAACGACAAAAAUGCAUGGACAUACGGAGCGCUAAUGAUUUUGAUGAUUUUGAAAACCGGCAGAGAAUGUAAAUGAUUACGAGUGCAUGAUGGGUUCAUGGUGAAGUCAAAUUUACUAGAUGCACUGCGCUCCAGUGUGUCGAAACAAAGUCGGAAAACUCGCAGCGGUCUUCUCUUGGCGAGCUCUUUUCCAUUUUACUGUAAUUGAACUAAUUAUUUAAUGGGCUUGUAGCCUAAUAUUACAGAAUGUAAUAUGUUACCUUCUAUUACACUGUAGUGGAAAAAAACAUAGGCUAAUGUUAUUUCAGUAGUUUAAAACCAAAAUUUGACUCAAAUAUUGAGACUUUGUAACAUUAUUUGUGCAUGUAUAAUCAUAAUAGAAAUAGGCCUGCUGCCGACUUCAAACGCGAUAUGGUGUUUCGCCUUGUAGUGGGAUUUGACUUACUACAGUGCAUAGCUGAAAAGUGUGUACAAAAGACUUCGGCCGAGGUGAGUAACUGCCUUCAUGGCACACAAAUCACAGUUGUAAGUCAAGGGUAGAAUAUGCGCAGGCUGAGAAGUACGUAGCUUCGAGGAGCGAAUACGGCCCAAAAAGAAUAACCAAACACAAAGAGGCGUGAGCACAGCAGUCUCUGGUGUGGAGGAAUGUGCGAGUGGUGAUCACUGGUGAGCUCUUUCUUCUCUGCUUAUGAAAACAACACUUUCUCUUGUAGGUUGUCACCCCUUUGCCAAUGAGAAGAUGACACACCCAUCACUGCUGAAUGGAUUGGUCGUCUGUAGAUGUUUACCAGGAGCAGGAUUCUUAUAUCUCUCCCUCCCUCUCUGUUUAAAUAUCGGUCCUCAGAGACUGUAGAAGCUGCUGGAAAUCCAACCAGCUUGCCUUUUGCAUUUGUUGCAUAUUAUCAAGCAUAGGUUCAGUAGUCUGUGCUGGAGUGGUCAGGGUUUGGGCUUGAUGGGGCGUUUUUUGGAUGGGGGUGUGCAGGUCAGUCCUGGGGGAACUGAGAAUUUUUAAGUGCUUCCACAAAAGAUGGGGGAAGGAGGGGAAUGCCCCACUGGUCAUUGUUGUCUAUGCCUGGGUGUGGUUAUCAUGGUCCUCUUGUCUUGUCGAAUGAGCUGCUGUGUUUUUGAAGAGCGUAUAGUAUCAGUGAUGUCAGUUUCCGUCUUUAUUUGAGGAAACUCAGCCGAGGGGAGCCUUUGUCAUUGAUGAUUAGAGAUGCAUUUCACAUGAUAAAGGGAUGUAUUUUUGUAUAAUCUGUGUACAGAAUCUCAUACAGGUUAAAUCAUGUACCAUAUAUGAUUUAAAGUACUUGUAUUUAUUUCUGUUGUGACUUGUAUAUCAGAAAGAACAUUUUGUAUCAGAUAUAUAGUAUGUUAAGAAGCCCCUCCUCCACCACAGCACACACACCAAUGCCUCAGUGUCUUUCUGUGAAAACAAUCAAAACUCGAAUCGCAGACAUGCGUCACUGGGAAUUGGCUAUGUGUGUUGUUGUGUGUGUCGGUGCCUUCAGAUUACUGGCACCGUGAGAUUAAGUUUGUGUUUAAAGGUGUGAUUGAGCUCAUACCAUAGUCACAAGAUUGUUGUACAUUUCUGCGGCUUAUGUCUUUUGAAGGGAGCUGUUCUUCUGUGAAGAUGCAUUCGUUGUAUCCGGAAGAAGUCUGAGAUUGCGUUCUUAAGAGGGUUUAGAGGAUUGAUUGGGGCUCGUUCAUUUGAGGAGAUUGUUUGACGUGCUGUUUUUACUCUGCAGUCUCUAGAGAGUUUGAGCUGUCGUCCUCGAGAUCAGUUAGCUGUCAGGGUUGAUCGUAGCACUGAGCUGCCUUUUGAGAGGUGCUAGGCAAGGGUUGAUGUGCUGUUAAAACAGUAAGUGUGGAUUCUUCACAGUUUCUUCCGUUUGGAGUAUAUACAGGUUAUUCUGUCCUGCUGAUGCUGGUACACCACAGUGACCCAGCCAUCGAUGGUGGUCUAAUGUGGAAGGGAGUUGCUGCCUCUGCUUCUACCAAUGGGUUAGCAGAAUUUGUUCUGUAGGUGUGCUGACUGCAGUUGUAUGCCUGCUCUUAAAGUAUGUGGGUAAUGCGUAUGCUAGUCUCAUCGCCCAGUUUUGAUGCUGUUUCAGGCUAGCUGUGUGUUCCUGUGUAUAUCAUAAACCAAAGGCACUACAGACUCCUCUGUCCAUUUUGGCUCUCUUUUUUUUUGUACAUAAUCAUCACUAUCGUUGUAACAGAAUAUUUUGCAUUUGUUCUUGAUAAGAUGAUCUAGCUUAUAUUUGUUCAAUACCAUUAGGAUCUUCCAUAUUACUGAUGGAGCAGUUUCAUGGCCGUGGGCUAACGCUAAUGCUAAGAGUUGCUCUCUUAAGGGGCAAACACCUAACCUAAUACAAAAGUGCAAUGCCUUUUAAAUGAGGCAACUGUCUCUUUUAAUGUCAUUUGAUCAGGCAAUACCUCCCUUGCACAAAGAAUCUAACAUAAUUUGCAUAACAUAAGAUCUGUCACCAGCUCUGAUGUUGAUAUAGUCUUACCUAGUUCUUCCAUCCUCUCUAGUCUGUUAUAUAGCGUGCGUGCGUGCGAAUGUUAGAAUGUUAGAAUGUUACUCAAUAUUUAAGUGCACUCUAAAAUGUCUAAGCAUUGUUUAACAUUUUUUUGGCCCACAAAAUAUACAUAAAUUAAGACAAAAACAAAUCACCUGAGCGUAAAAAAGCAAGAUGCUUCCACUGCACAGAACACACAGAAAUGGUUUAUCUUCACCCUAGAAUUACUUAAUUGUUAUCUGAAAAGCAUUUUGGGAUUUUUGACAACAAAAACUACUUAACACCAUGCAGAAUAAGUCACAAGAUCAUGCACAUUCAUCUUUCAUAUAUGCGCACAGGAAGCAACACCAAAUGUCUCGCAUGUGUCAGUUUUCAUAAGGGGUUCUCAUACCUCUCAUCUUACUCCGCUUACAAAGCAACAUAACAACUUUUGAAAAAUCUUCAUAGAAAAUCUCCAUUCAUUUCUCUACAAAUUCAGACCCUAUUAGAAGCUAGCUGGAGAGCACUUUAAAUUCAUUGACUUGUGCCUUGGAAUUUGGACAGCUAGGUUGCGAAGUGGUACUUUUUAGUGUUGCACAGCAUUUGUUGGUUUCUCAUCGGGUUGCAUUUAGUCGAGGUAGACCACACACUGAUGGGGUUAAGAAUGGAGAGAGAAAAGCCAUCCUCCUGGUCUUCUGCUCAUACUUAUGUUAACCUUGUUGGGAAAACUAUUGCAUUUCAUAUAUUAUCGUCGAUUAAGGUUGUCAUUUCCUUUUUACUGUAGUAUGUUGUAAUGAGUAAUGUUAUGUGUGUGCAUGUUUGUUUGUUUGUCUGUUUGCAUGUUUGUUUGUUUGUUUGUUUGUUUGUAAAAUAUUCUGUAAAAAAAAAAAGUUUUGUCCUCCUGCUGUGCACCUUUGUGUUUAUACAAUGUUGUACUGAUUUUUGGCUGUAAGUGUUUUACUACAAAUAAAAAUAAUACUGAA